AUAAACUAGCCGAGAUACGAAACGGUCCACGAGCCCAUGACACCCGAUUCGAUGUUGCGAUUCGGACACUCGCGAGGUUGUCUCGGGGGUGCCUUGUGCUGUGCUAAGAUCACGAGAUGUGUUGAUAACCGUACAAACAAUAAAUCGGAGUAUAGUGCGGAUCGCGGAGCGGAAACGGACCGUGUGGAUACGUGAGCGUGCGAGUUAGAGGGGCCACUGACGUCGCCAGCCCGCCGCCCCGUCCCUCCGUCCCUAGUGCCAAAAAUUUUGCAAUGUGAAAGUAUGGAAUUGUGCCACGCGCGACCUUUCCCGUUUAUCUUCUCCGUUGGUGUGACUAAGCGACGGGGCUGCUGCAAAUAUGUGUUUUUUUGUACUGAUUGACCUUACGUACGUUGUCGACAUGCAUACUGUCAACGAAAUUAUAUCCGUAUUGGAGAGAAUCAAUAUCACAAAAGAGCUGCUGGAGACCACCCGACUGGGUAAACACGUGAACGAGCUUCGGAGGAAGACAUCGGACCCCAGUCUCGCGCGGCGGGCCAAGGUGCUGGUCAAGCGAUGGCGGGACCUCGUCAUACCCACCGUCGCCUCGCCCGGACAUACAGGUUCAAAUCGUUCGUCGGCAGAGAGACAGGUGCGUCGACUCGGCGGCACCCCUCUCACGUCGCCGGCGCUCUCGCGGCAAGUGGUGAGCCCAGCGGUGAACAGCCCUCGCCCGCCAUCCAGACCGGCGUGGGGCGGCUACGAGUCGGACUCGCAGGAUGUGAUCCUGGUGGACGACGAGCCGCCGCCCGCCGCCGCGCCCACCGCCGCCGCGCUGCUCGCCAACACGCAUAAACCGCUCACGCCGCCCGUAAAAAGGCCGCCCUCACCAGAACCUUUAUACGACGAAAAGAAAGCGAAAAGAGAUAAAAAACCUAAGAAAAAAAGAGGCCACAGUCGCGCCGGCUCAGGCACGGAGGCGACAGGUCCGGUGGCGGCGCCGGCGCCCGCACUGGGCCCCGGCGCGCUGGGCCCCGGGGCCCCGCUGCCCGCGCCGCCGGGCCCCGCGCCGCACGCGUGGGCCGCAAGGAACGGCACCCACGAGCGACGAAGGAAUGGAACCAAACGUGAUGCGCUCGAUUCUUAUGCCGCCCUCGUUAAUAGGAUGCCACCUGCUGGCGCUAAGAAGGUGAAGACGACAAAGGAGCUGCUAGAGCAGAUCCAGUCUCGCGGCAGCAAGCCCCCCGCGUCCCCCGCCUCCCCGCGCUCCCCGCGCUCCCCCGCCUCGCCCGACGUCAUGCUCAUAGAGCCCGACCCGGUGGUGAAGGUGGACUCCCCGCUACGUAACGGCGGCGCGUCCCCCCCGCGCCUGCCCUCCCCCGCGCCGCCCCCCGAGCCCAUGGAGCCGCUGGAGGAGCCGCGCGACUACCACGAGUGCACCUGUCCGCCCGCCUCCCCCGGGGCCUCGCCCGCGCCCGCCUCGCCCGGCACGUGCCCCGCCGGCGCGCGGACCCGUGUCCGACCCCGCCACGUGCACGCGCUGCACCACGCGCUGCUGCCCGGCGUCAACGGCACCCGCGCGCCCGCGCUGCCGCACCGCUUCGCCGUCCGCCCCGCCGCCGACCCCGACCGCCCCGGCCUCUUCGCCUCCGUCGUGCCGCUCUACAAGUACUCCGACUACGCCGACGACUACUGCGCCAAGAACAUGUCGCGCGUGCCGCUGUGCCCGCACCUGCCCUGGACCAGCUUCGCGCCGCCGCCCCCAGACCUGCCGCCGCCGCCCGAGCCGCCGCCGCUGCGGCCCUACCCCGAGCCCGAGCCCGAGCCCGCCGAGCAGGACGGCGACGACGACCUCCGGCCGCCAGUCAAGCGCGAACCCAAGGAGGAGGUGAUAGUGGAGGCCGAGAUGGUCAGCGCGCCGCCCCUCGAGCCCAGCGAGAGACUGAAGGCGCCGCUCCUCACGCCCGAGGACGAGACGCAGUUCGGCGCCACCCCGCGGCCGGAGCCCGCCGCCGCCGAGCAGUUCGCCAGCUCCGCCCCGCAGCACCGCUCCGUGCCGCGCACGAAACCCGAGCCCGGCGGCGCCGCGCUGCUGCAGGCCGCCUGCCAAGCCGCCGCCGCCGCGCCCUUCCUGUACGACGAGCUGCAGGCGGCGCCCGUGCUGCCGCGAGCUGCACUGAGCUCGGACGCCGCGCUGGAGGAGGCGCUGGCGGCGGCCGACACGGCGCGGGACGAGCUGGGCCGGCCGGCGCGGCCGGAGCGGUUCGCGGAGUGGCACGAGUGCGCGAGGCUCGGGGAGCUGGUGGCGCUGCCCUACGUGGUGAUCGACUGACCGUGGAGUGCCAAAUGCGUGUCGCCCGCCCCGCGCCCACACCCAAGUGUCCUUACGUUAGUUAUAGUGGCCGGCCGGCGGAAACAUGCCUAGUCAUAUAUUUAUUUUGUAACUCGGCCGAUUGACAAGUUGGCGGGCGGGUCCGCGCCCGCAUGUGAUAUUGUGUAGCGGGCGGCGAGCGGCCGGUCGUCGGCCGCCGGCCGCACCCGGCUCGCACGUACAUUCCAGUCGGCCGCGAGUCGCCGGCCCGCAGACUGAACGCUUUGAUUGUGCUCAAUAUGUUGGACGCUCUUGGUAUUUUUGUAAUUAAUAGUACACGCAUUGCUCAGUCGAUAUUGUCGAAGAUAUUGCGCGCGAUCAGAGCGCCGAGCCGGACGAGGCCGGACGAGUGCCGGCCGGCCCCCGGCCGCCGGCGCCGGACGCCGGACAGCCGGCCGGGCCGGCGGCCGCCCGCCGCCUCGCGCGCUCUCGAUCCGGUCCACCACUUAUUUGUAUAGUUAUAAAGUUCCCAAAUAAGAUUAAAUAAUAAUCUCCCGACUGUUUCAUGAGUUGUCGUUACCUUUUGUGAUUUUUAAAAUGAAAGAAGAAAAAAAUUAGGUAAUUAAUAAAUAAUUAAAUAGGAGUUCCAAUUGUAUAUUAUACAUAAUUAUUGCAUCUAUCAUGCGUCGAAAUAUCAAUAAUAAGGGAAAGAGAAAGUUAAAUUUUAUAAAUAUAAACAUUUACUAUAUGAAAAGUUGUACCAAAUUGUUGUUAUUAAUGAUAAGGUAAGCGCACACUGCUAUGCGCCGCCCGCCGCUCUGGCGCUGUCCGUCAGGGUGUAGUUAUACUCUUAUCUUCGGAACUGUUCCACCGAUUGCCACAAACUUUUGUAAAUACAUAGUUUAGUUAACAAAUGAGUUGCACAUAAAGCUUCUUAGUGCAACAUGCAAGUGUAACACAAGUUAGACUCAUGUGUACAAACUCUAGUUUUAUAUAAUAAUUCGAAUUUGAACCACUGUUGUAGUGUCUCUGUACACAUUAUAAUAUAAACGCUUUUGUAUCUGUCCGUCGUGUAUAACCGUGUGCGCUGACCCAAAUAAAAAUAUAAGUGUCUGUUACUCUAUAAUGAACCAAAAACAAAACUAUUUGCAAAUAUUUUAUGAACAAUUAAUAGCCGCCUUGGUGAGGUCCAGCCUGUUACAAAAUUGCACAGUUCCUAGUUCCGAUUACGUUUGGAAGCAAGCAAACCCGUACGAAUGACAAUUUGGUAAAUUUUUCACCAUAUCUUGUAUGAAAAGACGAGUUUUGUGUAUCUAUAGUUGAAUAUUGUUACAUAGAGUUUGUUAUCGAGUUUACAAAAGAUGCCAAAUGUUGCCGCUGUGCGGUCUGUAUGUGUUGUGUUACACGGCGAUUGUGAUGCGAACGUGCGAGCUUUAUGUUUUCGCUGAAUAAUACGUUUUUGUAAAAGUUAAACUCUUUAUUUUUAAUUUUUCCGUUAGGUUUAUGUGUAAUUGUGUUGUUUUGAUGAGAAUGGGAUGAGUGUUAAUGGUGGCGUUGCAAUAGUAGAGGUACCAACAUUGUGGUGAUAUUCAAGUAUAGAUACGGCGGCAUCGUAAGCGCGAGGGGCCGGUCCUCCGGCGGAGCCCGCGCGAACCUGAAGGCCUUACGUGUGUGCUGCGGGUGAAGCCGCGCCGGCUUGUUAGUGCAGCGCCGGCGACACACCCCAUCACUGCCUUGUUGGACGAGAUCCAAAAACUUUGCUAAACAAACGAAAAUAUAUAUAUAUCACUGUGUUUUUAUUA